CCAGGAAGUGGAGAAGGAACAGCCGAGCAGCACUCACGGUUUCACAGAAUAAAAAGAUGCAGCUUCACUUCACCAAAGACGUUUUACCGGAUUCUGUCAGCACCGACUUCCAGAACCUCAACAAACUCAACGAGCAGCAAUUUCUUCGUCUGAUUGAAAUUCUGUUCCAGUUCCUGCUGGAGCCUAAAGAGACGGAGAGGUUCAUGCAGCUGCUCAGUGAGUUUGCAGGGGAACAUGGGAUGAGUGCCGGUCCUCUGAAGAACCUGAUGAAGAGCGUCCUCUUGGUGCCACAGGGCGCCUUGAAGAAAAACCUGACAGCUGAGCAGAUCAAAGAAGACCUCGUGACAUUAGGACUGAGCGAAGACAAGGCAGCUCACUUUUCACAGCAGUGGGGGGAGCACUAUGCAGCGCUGUCCAGGCUCGCUGUGAGACAGACUCUGAUGGUCAACCAGCUGGUUGACAUGGAGUGGAAGUUUGGAGUGACUGUGGGCACCAGUGAAGUACAGAAAGUGGGCAACAUCUUUCUGCAGUUGAAGCUGGUGGUCAGAAAGGGGAUUUCCACUGAAAACGUCUACAUGGAAUUGACGCUCCCACAGUUUUACAACUUCCUACACGAGAUGGAGAGAGCCAAGGCCAGCAUGGAGUGUUUUAGCUGAGUGUGUGUGUGUGUGUGUGUGUGUGUGUGUGUGUGUGUGUGUGUGUGUGUGGGGGUGUGUGUGACACUGACUGAAGGAAGAGAGAAGAUUAAUUCAACUUCGCCCAGACCUGUUUGAUCAAGUUCAGUGCUGUUGUUGUUUCUUUGCAUGAAUAAUUAUUGACAUUUUCCACCCAAAUUUCCCCUUUAAAAAAAAAAGAGAAUAAAACAAAAUGUUUAUUAGCAGCAAUAAUAGAUGGAUUAAAAAAAUGGUGUGAGAAGUAUUCGGAGCCUUUACUUUAGUAUAAGUACUUACACCACAGUGUGAAAAUACUCCGUAUACACAAAAAUAUACUAUAUAGAAAAUAAUACAAUUCAAAAUAUACUGCGUUACAUUCCACCGCUGAAGAUAAGUGGCAAUGAAAGCCUGAAAAGCGAUAAAUACCACACCGAUACUCCUGAACCUCGUGGCAGAUUUCAGAGGAGUGAGUGACUCGGUCGUACGUGUGUCUACUAGUCAGCAUCAGCAUUUGUUUUCUUCUCUGAUAUUUACAGUCAUGAGCUCAGCUCUUAUCUGAGGGUUAUUGGCCCAGUGGGAUAUUUUCUACAUGGCUGUUGACAGUAAAGUAACAUUCGUCUGUCUGACUCACUCAGCACAUUUCAUGUUAGUCCGCCUACAAGGUCACAACAUGUCUCUCCUUGACCUACUUUUGCUUUUAUUGCCCCUCAUUUGUACGCUGCUUUGAACACAAUUGUCUGCCAAAUGAAUGAAAGUAGAUUCUGUCUGGGAAGUUGAUAUUUUGGCCUCAUAUUACUGAAGAGCACAAUUUUGGAUGUUCAUUAUUGAGACUACAAAUGUAAAUAAAUAGUGUGCUGCUAAGUAGUACUCGAUGCCGGCAGUGGUGGAAUGUAACCGAGUACAUUCAAGUACUCGAGAACUGUACUCAAGUACAGUUUUGAGGUAUUGGUGUACUUUUUAUUUCAUUACAUUUAUUUCACAGCUUGAGUUAC